AUGAUCCAUUUAAAUGCAGAUUGGAAAAUGGCUGACGAGAUGGAAGCUCUGGUGAAUUUGCUCGGCAGUGUUUUGUUGCUUAACGAAUCGGAUCAAGAAUCCAACGCCAAUGUUAACGACCAUAUUUCAGAUAUUCUACUUAACUAUGAAUCUCCAAAAAAUGAUGGAGGAAUUGACAGUGAAAGCGGUCGAACUUGUGAAUUAGACAGCUAUGUGGAUUCUGAAUUGAGCAGCAGGUUUGAGCUGUCUAACACGGAUGAUACUUUCCAAUUGGAGGCUAUUGAUCAAUGGGAAGAAUUGUUCAGUGACCAUUGGAAUUCCGUCUAUUAUGCUGUUAGUUUGCAGCUAAUAAUUUCCCUAGCCAAUAUAUCCCUUUUGAAUAAAAUGAAGUUGUCCAAAAUAAAGAAUCUUAAAGUGAAAAUAUUGGAAAGGCUGAAAUUGGGGGGAAAACAAGAUAUUGACCCGCUUGUGAAAAAUAGACUUGACGAAUUAUGUUACCAAAUUUUAUCUGUCGAUUGUGAACCCACAGAUUUGUUAAAACUUUAUUCACAUUUUAACCAAAAUAGCAAUUAUGACAUCCUAAACUCCCUGGCGGCUCAGAUGUCAGAUCCGUUAGCCCAAAACUACUUGCAACUUGAAAAUAAUUACAAAAUUUCAAGACCUGCACCAAAAAGUCUACGAUGUUCACUACAGUUUUUCCUCGAGUUCAACAACGUAACCUCCAAUAGAAUAUCCACAAUUGGUGAAAAUAUCUAUCUAGAGAUUAAGGAGGGCCAAUUUUGCAUCUCAAAUGAUGAAUUUAUUAUAGCACUUUUUGAAGAAUUCGAGUUUGAACCGGCUAUCCUCUAUUCAUUAGCAUUAACCAUCAAUGAUAACGAAGUUUCACUUUACGUCGACGGUAAUUAUAUCAGCACAAUAACCCUAUUGGAAGGUUCCAUAACCACUGUAGACCGCAUUGACCUGGGGUCAUUGAUAUGCUCCUUUAAGCUUUUCCGUUUCACCAUUUAUGAUGACGUUCUAACAGGACAAUCACUCAAGAUUUUAUUUGCAUUAGGAUCCCAUUUUAAAAAUUCCUUUGACAGAGAUUUAAGCAUACAUGGAUUAGAAUCUGCGUUAGAUGAUGCAUUUUUAGAAAAGUUGAGUAAAUCUAUAUCCCCCUCAGGUGUGACCGUUGAAAGUCUUUCUAGACAGACGCAACAGCUGCAUAAGCAACACGUUUUGAUCGACUUGGAUCCAUCUAAUGAAUAUACCAUAUGUACAUCAGAGGGCCCAGAAAAUUCAGUGCAAAUAAGGACAAUUGGAAUCGAAGAUCCAGCAGAGGACUUAGGCAUGGGGAGAUGUUAUUACUAUAAAGGCGCCAAUUUAAUUUCCAUCUUCACUUCAAUAAAUUGUUUUCGAUUUAUUUUCUGCUCAUUGGAAGAUUGCCAAGAUAUGGAUCAAUUGUACAAUUUUUUAUCACAUCUAAUGAUAUUAUUACGGAGUGGUUUUUUACGACAUUGGUUUAAAAAGGAGUUUGGGUUUCCGCUGUUAUCUCACAUCUUAAUCAUGAAGGUGAUUAAAAAAUUAGACAAAUCACUACCAAUCCAAUUUUUAAAUUUGUUUCAAGAGUAUUGCGGGUGGGAUUUUUCCAAUAUUUCAAAUUCUCUGAUCGGAGAUGAAAUAGCCUAUCAAAGCCUGGUGCUUAAUUUUGACCUUUGGUAUCAUGAUUCUUCUAAGGAUGAGGAGAGUCGGGCAGGUGUUGAAAUUAUUAGGUUUUUGUUUUUCCAAAUUUCCAGUCUGUUAGGAUCUUCAAAUUACCGACAGUUCAAUUCACAAAAGUUGGUUAGCUUAAAUGUAUUAGAGAAGUUGUGUUAUUUUCAACAUUUUUUCUCAGAAAAGCAUGGAUAUCCAAACGUUUUCGAAGAAUUAAAACCAGACUUGACCAACGUUUACUUAGUAUUACUCAAGGAUAACUUAAAGAAGUCCAGUGUUCAAUGGUUACUCCAAUUUUCUCACUUCGAGGCAAAAAGUGGCUAUUUUCAAAAUACAGAAGUAGCUAUGAAUGCUGUCGAUCAGUUAUUCACUGAAUGCCUGAGUGUGAACGACACAAAGGCAGCCCAAGUAUUUAUGGAAUCAGUCUCGCCUAAAUUUCUUUUAAUGGUUUUAGGUGAAAUUGUUUCAAACAAAGGAAACCCUCGUCUUUGUCUGAAUAUUCUUUUCAAGUUACUGCUGUUUAGUUCGGCGGUUUUUAGGAAUUUUACUAAAAGCAAUGGGAUGGAUCUUCUAUUUGACAUUCUCAAAGAUACUGAUAUGUCAUUCUAUGAAAAUGUGAUCUGUUUGUUAUAUGCAUAUUCGUUGGGUAGCUAUAAUACCAUCUCAUCCCUCACUUCCUUUGAAGAUUUUCAGGACAACAAUUUUGUCUUAGAAAUGAAAGUGGUCAUGAGAGAUCCUUUUUAUCUCGCUGUCGAGCUUUUGGAAUGGGCUACUAUAAACGAUAUCAGGAUGCAUAAUCCUGCUGCUUUGGACACUUUGAUUACAAAAUUCCUUUACCGGUUGUCUUUGUUGCUGAAAAAUCCUCAGAAUUAUGCUGUAUUCGACCCUCGAGUGUGUAUACUGUUCGUGAAGUUGAAUAGUUUGUUCAUCACCUUAACCAAACCACAAAAUUCUUCAAUUUACGGAAAUUCUUCGAAGCUUAUCACAGAUAUUAUUUCAAGCAAUCUGUUGCAUGCCAUUUUGACCUUAAAUACGAGUGAUUUCGAGAAAUACUUGGAAGCUAUAACCCAUUCUACCGGUAGUGAGCUUGAUAAAUCAGCUAGUGAACUCGAACUGAGCGCCAAUGUUUUCGAAAUGGCCUUUUUGAACAAUUUCUUUGUGGCAAUCUUUCGGAAAUUGAAUGACUUAAAGUUUCCAUUCGAAUCACAACUAGUGAAAAAUCCUUUCAUGGUUUCAAAUAUUUUGCUUUAUUUUAACAGGUUUAAGCAUCAUAUAUUAAUCGUUAAAUUCAAUACGAGAUUUUAUUUGGAAAUUUUAGAAAGUGCUGUUAACAUUGUGGACGUAUUACUCAGGAAUGGGCUCAAUCAAUUUGAAAAUGUUUCCAAAUUUGCCGCCAUCAAUUUGAUUACUUACAGUGUCAUACCUUUGCUAUAUCCCGUUUUCAAUGGAGAAUCUUCAUGGGAUGCUGCUUGCCUGGUAAAAUUCUGUAAACUUCUACAAGAUCACAAUGAUGCACUUUUUGGUAAGGGUCAUGGAUAUUGUGAGAAAGAACUGGUCAAAUUCAUAUUAUCAUUUUUGCUCUCCCAAUUGAUGGAUGAUGAUCAUGUGAAUACAGUUGGGAAUUGCUUGAGAACUAUCAUAUCACAUAAUUGGAAGGACUUACCAGCGAUAGCGGGCUCACUUGGCGUAGAGGAUGGUCCAGAAUUAAAUUCUAUACUUAUGGAUAUAGCCCUUAAUGAGUCGAAGCUCCUAAAAGUGGUACGAGAAAAUAAUUUAUUUGGUGACUCUCAGAGAGAUCAAGCAAUCGAUUAUGCAUUAAGAAGGAUCAAUCUCGGUCAGGGCAUCAAUAUAAUAUCCGAAGAAGGCUUGAAAGAAAAAAUCCUACACUGUAGGUUAUUCCAAAUGGACAGUAACUACACCCAGAGGGAGAAAAGACAUCGCUUAUUUUCAGAGGAUAAUGUUGCACUCGAUAAAAGAGUGAGAAUCAUUUAUCGAAAGUUCUACACCAAUUUUGUGACCGAUAUGGAGCAAGAUACUGUUGUCCACAAUAAUGAACUAUUUUUCCUGACAUUUCAACAUAUUCACACCCUCGCACUUCAACAGGACACAGGUGAUGCAUGUAUUUGGGAACUUGAUUCUGUUGAGGAUUUUAAUAGAAUGAGAAGAAGAAUGCUUCCUUCCCCGCGAGAGCUGAACGACGAGCAGUUUUCUAAUUCGAAUGAGGAAGACUCUAAGAAGGGAGAAGUAAAGCCUAGACCCAGACAAUUUAGGACCAAUAGUGUGCUGUCUUAUGACAUUAUAUCAGAAUUAGAAACCCUCGAAAUGUUCACCAAUGAUAUGAAAGAUGAGAAUAGAAAGGUUUUAAAAGUUCUCAGGGGAAAAGAUUCGAUCAAAACCGUCUGGAACUGCAGUCUUGUAAUUGGGCUCGAUGUCAGAGAAGGAAUUUUAAUUGUCGCACAGUUCAACGUUUAUUUCAUAAGCAACUACUACUUUGUUAACAAUGAAAAUAAGGUUAUCAAGCUUUCUGAAGUACCGGAGAGUAGAAGAGAUCCUAAUAUCAAUCUUAUAACCGGAUCGAAUAACAGAAAUAAUCAGCAAAAUUACAACCAUGAAGUUCAUCUAUGGCUACUUUCUGACCUAAUUUUUGUGACGAAAAGACCAUUUCUAUUGAGGGAUGUGGCCAUAGAGCUAUUAUUUGAAAAUGGUACAAAUUGCUUUGUGAGUUUUGAUAGCAAACGAUACAGGGAUGCUGCAUAUUCAAGUUUCGAGAAAUUGCCCAAGAAUAAGAACAUAGAUCCAGUUCUUUUGAAUAUUUUGCGUGAAUUGAACACUAGAAGUAGUAGCAUUGGUACAAAGAACGGUAUCUCAAAAGCUAGCUUAAAAAGCAAAGUUUUUAAAGCUUUAUCGAGUGGGCCUCGUUUGGUUGAUGGUUCCGAAGCCACUAGUCAAUGGCAGAAAGGUGAGAUAUCCAACUUUUAUUAUCUCAUCAUUUUGAAUACCUUAGCUGGCAGAACUUUUAACGAUCUUACUCAAUAUCCAGUAUUUCCAUGGGUCAUUUCUGACUAUAGUAGUGAAGAGCUGGACCUUUCUGACCCCUCUGUGUACAGGAAUUUGUCAAAACCAAUGGGUGCUCAAUCUAAAAAGAGGGAACUGCAGUUCAUUGAAAGAUACGAGGCUUUGGAAGCACUUAACGAUGAAAAUGCUCUGCCAUUCCACUAUGGGACUCACUACUCAUCUGCGAUGAUUGUUUCUUCGUACCUGAUAAGACUGAAACCGUUUGUCAAUUCGUUCCUAUUGUUGCAGGAUGGUAAUUUUGGGCAUGCAGAUCGCCUUUUCAACUCUAUCGAUCGUGCAUGGUCCUCUGCUGCGGUGGAAAAUACUACUGACGUUAGGGAAUUGACCCCGGAGUUUUUCUUUUUGCCUGAACUUUUUUUAAAUAUGAACAAUUAUGAGUUUGGUAAAAGUCAGAAUGGUAAUGAGGUUAACAAUGUGGUCCUUCCGCCUUGGGCCAAAGGCGAUCCAAAGGCAUUCAUAUGGAAGAAUAGAGAGGCAUUGGAAAGUCCCUAUGUCUCAGAGCAUUUACAUGAAUGGAUUGAUUUAAUAUUCGGAUUCAAGCAAAGAGGUGAAAAUGCUAUAUCUUCAGUAAAUGUGUUCAACAAUUUAAGUUACCCUGGGGCAGUGAAUUUGGAUAGUAUUAAUGAUGAAAUGGAAAGAAGAGCUGUUACCGGCAUUAUACACAAUUUUGGACAAACUCCAUUACAAAUUUUUCAAGAGCCCCAUCCACCUAAGCAAUGCAGUGGAGUACAUCGUAUCAAUGAGAUUAUUUGGAGUAAUAUGCCUGAAAGACCUAAUUCCAUUUAUCCAGCUACCGUUAGGAUGAGUACUAAUACAGGAAUUAGAUACAUUUAUUGGCAAGCAAAUCCAGACGGUUCAUUAUAUUGGGGUGGAUAUCCCUUCCUAGACGUAAUGCUUAAAAUUAGUGGAAGCUUUUUGCCAGUAAAAUUGGUAUCACCAUGUUCUUUACAGAUUGGAUCAAAAGCCUAUGAUUUUAUUCAUCAGAGUAGGGUCACCACUUUCACUUUUUGGAGACAGAAUGAAUUCAUUACAGGUGAUGAAAGUGGGUUAAUAAAAGUAUGGAACUAUUCAAACGCCCAUAGCGGAGGUAAAUUGUCACUCUGGGGUACACUUCAUGGACACUUAGCUGGUUUGAAAGAUAUGAGAUUAUACCCUGAUUACAAUACCUUGAUAUCUGUAGAUGAAUUAGGUGUUGUUUACAUGUGGGAUUUGAUCAAAUAUCGACUCAUUAGGCGGUUUUCAUCUGAAGGUGUAGAGAUUGCCAUUUCACAAAAUCAUGGUAAUGUAGCCGUCCACACUAAACCACAUGAGUUAUGCAUUUACAGUUUCAAUGGUCUUUUUUACACAAAUUUAACAAUUGACUCCAACAAAUGUAUUACGAGGUUAGAAUUUUUAGAUUUCUCUGGAAUAGAUUUGGGGUUGAAAAGACAUGCAUAUUGGCAAGAGAAGGAAGUACUCGUUGUUGGAUUUUUGGACGGAAGUUUGGAAGUUUAUGAAUUGGUAUUAGGUAAGAGUUCCCAAUGGUCAUUAAAACUCUUGAAACUUUUGAAAACCGGUGAAAAUCUCAGGAUAACUUGCAUUAAAACCCAACUCAGGCUCCAUCCAUUUGACAAUGGCGGUAAACUCCCACACGAUGUGCCCAAGCUUGAGAUAAUGGCUGGUGAUGAGAGCGGGAACCUUUUCGUCUGGAGGUAA